UUUUUCUUCUUAGCAAAACCGGGCUCAUCUCCGCGCGGUGUCGGCAUGUCUACCAUCUCCGAGCCGGAACCAAGGCCGAGUCUCGCAACUUUCCAACAGAGGGAUGAUACCCCUCGACAUUCCACUGCCACAACCUCCUGUUCAAACGCGACGCACGAGGGGCAUCUGAUGAUGGGUUCCCAAAGCGAACCACCUUUCCUUACGAGCUCCAGAAAGGGUCGUCGGUUUUUUGACAGGAUGCUCGGUCGCGGCGCAGCAGCGAAUGAUGGCCCAUCAUCGCUGGUGUCACGUCCUACACCACACCAAAGGACAAAAUCACUUAACCCGAAUGCAUUUCUGACAAAACUUCUUAUUUCUUCUCCAUCCCCCUCCACUGUCCCUGGCCGUCGAAGUAUGGACUCACGAACACCGACGCUACUUCGAAAGACGCAUCCCAACUCGCACAAUGCUCAUCCUUCAAUUCAAAUCUCACCCAACCAAGAAGUCCAACCCGCUCCCAAUCUCAACACCCUGACAAAAUCUGAACGUGCGGAAAAGAUCAGAAGGAACCGAAAGGUCCUCCAAAUCUUCGGUGAUGGGUUGUUGAAGCGUGGCGCGGGUCCAACUGGUGAUAUCGCGUUCGACCAAGCUCUUAGCCAUCCCUCCUCCCCUUGUUCCCCAGAAGGCUUUGAUGGGCAAUUUGCCCUUCACAAGAGACCCUCUCAGUUGUUGCUCGAGAAUCGUCGUCAUUCAUCCCCCAUCAGUCCCAGCUUCUUCCUUGAGACCCCAAUCGAUCCUCGCGCUCUCCGCCGUCCACGCUCUGAUCCGAGGAAGUAUGGCGAAUCCGUUGUUUCACUUUCAUCCGAUUCUACGGAAACUGAAGUAGCAACCCGCCAACUCCAGGAUCAAUCUUCCAAGAGCGAAACACUAAUGGGAGAUCAACAACAACAGCAACAACCCACUCCUGCGACAUCUGGAACACCUGCCCUUGUGGGAUCGGAUCUUUCUUUCCACUCCUCGGAUUCAAUGAAUGGAACGGCCACGAACGGUAGUAUUCUAGAGUAUUCCCUGCCCAUUUCCUCGGAUAGGGCACCCGAAGAUGAAGAACGUGCUAAGAAGCGCGCCACUCUUGCUAAGCUUCACCGAUUUUUGGGGUCGAGAGUCCCUGUGGAUCUUGUCCUCGGUUUGACACCGUCGGAUGUAGAAGCUUCUUUGCCACCAAAGAGUGCAUCCCCUAUUGUGACGGAAAGCGGUCCUUCCGCCCUUUCCCGAGCGAAGUCAUGGAAGAAUUUCAAGUCGCACCGUUCUGCGAAGAGGUCUAACUCUGGUGAAGCCAAUGGUGAACGGCCGGGCGUGAAGGGGGAGGACUCGGAGGACAAGUAUCCGGUCGUGUUUCUAUCUGAUGGAGAGUUGGAUGCCAGAGUUGGGCGGCUCACACACGCUCAACGGAAUGAUAUAGUACGGAAGAAGAAAAAAAUUACGAAGAUGAUGGGCGAUUGUCCACCCGAUAUCCUCAAUCGGCAGUCUUCUUCCAUCCUUGAGGGGAAGGAUCUUCUUCACUUCUCCAAGGAAACUGGGAAGAGCUUGCAAUACGUGCACUAUCGGUAUUCCAUCGACUCGUUAACUUACCUUAUGCAAAAUGAAAACCAAGAUCAGCUCCAAGAUUUUGUUACUUACAUGAGAACUGAUGGAGAAUCUGUCAAAGGCGACGAAGCAAAUGGGAUUUCGCGACCACGUGCCCUCACCACCGACUCGAUCGUGCCGCCUUCACCAACGGAAUCGUGGACAUCCGACAGUACGAAU